AUGGCCAACUUGGACGACUGUCUUACCUAUUCCAAUUGGGUGCCUCUGUCCUGCUCGGCAGUAGAAUUGCUGCAGCCUCGACGUCACUCAUUGGAGCAGGGACCGUCGACUGUCCUUUUCUGGGCAAACCACCCUAUCCGGUACGUCUACCUCGCGGGAAGUGUCUGCAAUCUGAAAUUCUACUCGACGAAACAAGACAAGCGCAGAGUGGAGUUCGAGCUCGAUGAUGGCACGGGUCCGGCCGCUCCCGUAUUAAUUUUUCAGGCAGAUGAAAUACCCUGUGACGAGUCACAGUUUGUUGAAGUUUACGGGUCGCUCAGCGUCUAUCAUAAGCGGACCGGGGUCAUAGCAAUUGACGUGAGAGUGUGUCCGCCGAAUUUGACACGGGAAAUAGACCUCAAGUUCGAAGCCCUACGAGUGCAAACCGAGCUCUUGGCUAGAUCUGACCCCUUGCCUGCUUUGGAGCCGGCCGGAGCGAGUCGCGGAUUCGUUUCUUUAAGCAGGCUUCCAAGUGAGAUGUCGGCUCAUCCCAAAUUUCGCCUAAUUGAUUCUAUUUAA